AUGUCGACUCCAUCCACGGCCACUGCAACCCAUCCUUCUCACCAGCGCUACGGAUAUCCUCACUCCUCAUAUCAGGCGACUUCUGCCUAUCCAACUACAUCCACCGCCGCAGGGGCUCGCCUGGCAAAUCCCUACACCUACUCUGUCCCUUCACCAACCACCGCUACCGCCAACACCACAACCCUUCCUUUCACUCAGUCCGCUCGAGUCGCUCCGGCGACCUCGACGCCAUCCGGCAUGCCUUCUCACCCAAGUGGUUCUAGUGCGGCCCCUUCGCAAGGUGGCCGGAACAAGAAGCCUGAUUGGGGUGAGUUUUACAAGAACGGAAUUCCCAAGGAGGUCAUCGUGAUCGAUGACAGCCCAGCUCCUGAGGCUGCCAAAGCUGCUCCGGCUCCCCCGGCCCAUGGCGCACCAGCCGGUCAACCUGCCGCGCCUCAGCCCGCGGGCAAGAGGAGACGAACGGGAAUCGAGACGGCCUACGAACUAAACUACUAUGACCGACCGUCAUUCUCAAUCAACCCUCAACAAUAUGGUGAAAAUUCGUCAAAUUCCUUGUCUACGGACAGAACCACUUCCCUGCACACGACUGCCCCCACAUCCAUGGGAUCUCAAGGCAGCACCGGUGCCAACGCCGCGUCUUACUACGAAGAUAGCACUGUGGGCCAAAAGCGCAAGCGGACCACCCGGAAAUCAACUCGCGACGAGCAGAAACGACGGGAAUUGGAGAAUGCGGGUGACGCGUUUCUCAACUAUAUUCCUCCUCCGCAACCCAUAAUCAAAGCAAAGGAUGUACCUGUGCCGGUUAUUAGAGAUUACACGAGUUCCCGUCACGAAAAAUUCGAUGAUGACGAUGGUCACUAUAUUGUGACUCCUGAGACACAGCUGACGGAGCGAUACUCUAUCAUUAAGCUCCUAGGACAGGGCACGUUUGGAAAGGUGGUGGAAGCCUAUGACAAGCAGCGAAAGGCCCGCUGCGCCGUCAAGAUCAUUCGCUCAAUCCAAAAGUACCGAGAUGCCUCGCGGAUCGAGUUGCGAGUUCUAUCGACUCUUGCCUCGAACGACAAGAGCAACCGCAACAAAUGCAUCCAUCUGCGGGACUGCUUUGAUUUCCGCAACCACAUAUGCAUUGUUACAGACCUGUUAGGUCAAAGUGUGUUCGAUUUUCUGAAAGGCAACGGAUUUGUUCCUUUCCCCAGCAGUCAGAUUCAGCAUUUUGCCCGCCAGCUCUUUACCAGUGUGGCCUUUCUUCACGACCUCAACCUCAUUCACACCGAUCUCAAACCCGAAAACAUUCUCCUCGUCAGCAGCGCCUACCAGACUUUUACCUACAACCGUACCAUCCCUUCCUCUUCCCACGCAAACCCGCGAAAUGCUCGCCAGCGGCGAGUUCUCCUCGACAGCGAGAUCCGGCUGAUCGAUUUUGGCUCUGCCACCUUUGAUGACGAAUACCACUCCUCAGUCGUCUCCACAAGGCAUUACCGGGCACCUGAAAUUAUCCUGAACUUGGGCUGGAGUUUCCCCUGCGACAUUUGGAGCAUAGGGUGCAUCUUGGUGGAGUUCUUCACCGGUGAUGCUCUAUUUCAGACCCAUGAUAAUCUCGAACACUUGGCGAUGAUGGAGGCUGUGAUCAAUACUCGGAUUGAUGCAAAGUUAGUCCGACAGGUCAUGCAAGGACGUGCCGGCAACCACAACUCAGCUGCCAAGUACUUCAAUCGCACCAAGCUGGACUACCCUACUACCGAAACCACCCGGGCUUCUCGGAAGAUUUCAUUCCUACCAACACCCCCCUUCAACCGUCAAUUCCUGGACCUUCUGCGCCAGAUCUUCGUCUACGAUCCCAAGCAACGUAUCACUGCUAAGGAGGCACUAAAGCACCCCUGGUUCAAGGAGACUCUAGUCGAUGAUGGCACGGAGGCAUACAGGAUUGGCAUGGGAUUACACCGUCAUCCACGAUAA